CGCGAGCGCGCGCGACGGCGGCAGUGUGUCCUGGACGAGCGUGGAGGUCGGUCGCUAGCUCGGAGCUGCUGUGCGCGUCGGAGUUCCCGCGAGUGUCCCGUGGCGCGGCCCGCCGCCCUCCAGCUUCCGCCGCGUCUCUGCGCUCUCGCUGGGCCCCUUCCCCGCCUUCCUCCUGCACCUCGGGGAAGCUCUGGAGAUGAAUUUCGCCAUCUCUUCAGAGAUGAUCCAGAGUAUGAUGCAUGACUAUCACAGAAGAAAUUCAUGUCUAUAGCUUUUAAGGACUUGAUUACAUCAUUUUCAAGCCUGAUAGUUUUGGAACCACCAUUAAAGCUUAAGACAUCUCCCUUCACUUCAGCCACGUAUCUUCAUACCCUAAGGAAGUGCUUUGCUUCAACACUCCUUUGUCUUUGGAUCAUUUGGGUUCUCAGUAGUACAUUUCUCAUCAUUAUAAUCGCCAAAUUUAUAAGAAAAAAUGAUUCCCAAUGGUUAUUUGAUGUUUGAAGAUGAAAAUUUUAUUGAAUCUUCUGUUGCCAAAUUAAAUGCCCUGAGGAAAAGUGGUCAGUUCUGUGAUGUUCGACUUCAGGUCUGUGGCCAUGAGAUGUUGGCACACAGGGCAGUACUGGCUUGCUGCAGCCCCUAUUUAUUUGAAAUUUUUAAUAGUGACAGUGAUCCUCAUGGAGUUUCUCAUGUGAAAUUUGAUGAUCUCAAUCCAGAAGCUGUUGAAGUCUUGUUGAAUUACGCAUACACUGCUCAGUUGAAAGCUGAUAAGGAAUUAGUGAAAGAUGUUUAUUCUGCAGCAAAGAAGCUGAAGAUGGACCGAGUAAAGCAGGUUUGUGGAGAUUAUUUGCUAUCUAGAAUGGAUGUUACUAGCUGCAUCUCUUACCGAAAUUUUGCAAGUUGUAUGGGAGACUCCCGUUUGUUGAAUAAAGUUGAUGCUUAUAUUCAGGAGCAUUUGUUACAAAUUUCAGAAGAGGAGGAAUUUCUUAAGCUUCCACGACUAAAGUUGGAGGUAAUGCUUGAAGAUAAUGUUUGCUUACCCAGCAAUGGAAAAUUGUAUACAAAGGUAAUCAACUGGGUGCAGCGUAGCAUCUGGGAGAAUGGAGACAGUCUGGAAGAGCUGAUGGAAGAGGUUUAUUAACAAAUAGGAUACCCAAGACUGAAGAAACAAGAAGAAACCUCAAGUGUAUUGACACGUAAAGAAGCAGCAGUCCUGCCCCAGUUCUCCUAAGAAAAAAUCCGCUGUGGGCAGAGAACGAUGAUGAUUUAAUGGUUCAAACCUUGUACUACUCAGCUGAUCACAAGCUGCUUGAUGGGAACCUACUAGAUGGACAGGCUGAGGUCUUUGGCAGUGAUGAUGACCACAUUCAGUUUGUGCAGAAAAAGCCACCACGUGAGAAUGGCCAUAAGCAGAUAAGUAGCAGUUCCACUGGAUGUCUGUCUUCUCCAAAUGCUUCAGUGCAAAGUCCUAAGCAUGAGUGGAAAAUCGUUGCUUCAGAAAAAACUUCAAAUAACACUUACUUGUGCCUGGCCGUGCUGGAUGGUAUAUUCUGUGUAAUAUUCCUUCAUGGGCGAAACAGUCCACAGAGUUCACCAACAAGUACUCCAAAACUAAUCAAGAGUUUAAGCUUUGAGAUGCAGCCAGAUGAGCUCAUCGAAAAGCCCAUGUCCCCCAUGCAGUAUGCACGAUCUGGUCUGGGGACUGCAGAGAUGAAUGGCAAACUCAUAGCUGCAGGUGGUUAUAACAGAGAGGAAUGUCUUCGAACUGUUGAAUGCUAUGAUCCACAUACAGAUCAUUGGUCCUUUCUUGCUCCCAUGAGAACACCAAGAGCCAGAUUUCAGAUGGCUGUACUGAUGGGCCAGCUAUACGUGGUAGGUGGGUCAAAUGGGCACUCGGAUGACCUGAGUUGUGGAGAGACGUAUGAUCCAAGCAUUGAUGACUGGACUCCUGUUCCAGAAUUGAGAACUAACCGCUGUAAUGCAGGAGUAUGUGCUCUCAAUGGGAAAUUAUACAUUGUUGGUGGCUCAGAUCCAUAUGGUCAGAAAGGCCUGAAAAAUUGUGAUGUAUUUGAUCCUGUAACAAAGUCAUGGACAAGUUGUGCUCCUCUUAACAUUCGUAGACACCAGUCUGCAGUUUGUGAACUUGGUGGUUAUUUGUAUAUAAUCGGAGGUGCAGAAUCUUGGAAUUGUCUGAAUACAGUAGAACGUUACAAUCCUGAAAAUAACACCUGGACUUUAAUUGCACCCAUGAAUGUGGCUAGGCGAGGAGCUGGAGUAGCUGUUCUUGAUGGAAAACUAUUUGUAGGUGGUGGCUUUGAUGGUUCUCAUGCCAUCAGUUGUGUGGAGAUGUAUGAUCCAACUAGAAAUGAAUGGAAGAUGAUGGGAAAUAUGACUUCACCAAGGAGCAAUGCUGGGAUUACAACUGUAGGGAACACCAUUUAUGCAGUGGGAGGAUUUGAUGGCAAUGAAUUUCUAAAUACGGUGGAAGUAUAUAACCUUGACUCAAAUGAGUGGAGCCCUUAUACAAAGAUUUUUCAAUUUUAACAAAUUUAAGACCCCCCCAAACUAACAGGCUUAGUGAUGUAAUUGUGUUUAGUAGAGUACACUUGUGAAUAAAGAGGGUGGGUGGGAAUAGAUGUUGCUAACAGCAACACAAUGCUUUUGCAUAUUGCAUAUUAUUAAACAUGCUGUACAUACUUUUUGUGUUUGGAAAGGAAUGCAAAGAUGAAGGUCUGUUUUGUGUAUUUUUAAGACGCUUUGGUUACUUUACUUUCUGAAGGUUGAUACUAUAAGAAAAAAAUAAACCAAGAAUUGAUUGGGAACAUCAUUUCAAGAACUCCCCGCUCUUCCACUUUUUUUUUUUUUUUUUUUUUUUUGCCAAUUUGCACAUUAAGUGACUCUUUGCUCACUUCUCUCUUAUGGGGCAAGAGGGGUAGGGUUUAAACCUAGGCAGUUGGGUUUUUUUUAAGGCCCCUUUUCAAUAACUGGAACACUAUAUAACAAAAGUUACCUAUUUAAAGAGAUGACAAUGACUAUUUUUGUUUUUAUUAAAAGAAAGCUGACAUGCCUACCAAUAUUUAGUCUUUUAUGAUUGCCUUUUUAUAACUUUUUAUAUUCUCAGCAGAGUGCUUUAUCUGUUGAAGUAAAAUAUGACAGUUUCAAGUUAUCAAAGCAAGUGGCAGUCUAAAGGAUGCAGAGUGGGGUGUCUUGUUUUAAAUGUUUAGAAUGGAAACUUAAGCAUUUGCCACAGCUGUACCUUCUUUCUCAUUUUUUUAGAAUGCAGUAUCAAUGUUUAUUUGAAUGGAGUUGCUGAGCAGUAAUGUGGCGAUUUUUGGUAUUUCAAACAGUAGUUUGAAUUAUUUGACUUGAGAGUAGGACAUUUAACCUGUUUUUAUUUAUCAUUAACAAAACAGUUGUAAAUGGAAGCCCUUGAUUGAAAAGAAACUAUAUUGGGUUUGUGAAUGUAGCCUUUAUCAGAACUACUUUGUUCAGUUUUAUAUUCAUCUGGAUUAAUACUGGUUGGAAUGACUUUGUGUCUAAUGCAUAGCACUACACCCCUAACUUACAGUGCCCAAAUGAGCAAAUCAUGCUUGCUGCAGAUGCAAACACAUUAAAGGUACUUAGCAGGAAAUAACUUGCACUGUGAGAUUAAUGUCCAAGUCUUGUUUCUGUAUUCACUUCAUUACUACCAGUUUGGAGAAUUGUUUUUUCCAGUAAGGAUGAAAUUACAGUAUUUGUGAAAUAUACUCACCUGACACAUCUGAAAUAAGGGAUGAUGUGAGGUUUAUGUUUUACAGAAGAUCAAGCACACAGAAACCUAAAAAGCCAGUUGCCAUAAGAUGACUAUUAAACGGCUAAUGGGUUGGGAAGAGGGGAAGAUAUUUUCUUCAACUGUUUUGCUGAUCCUUUGCUACCUACUUCUUAAUCUGUUUCACAGCCACCACAAAAGAAAGUUUAUCUAGUUAUUGUAUAGUUUAUUGACUAACUGUUUUUUCUGGUUUAUUUCUGGAAAAGCUAGUUUGGCUGGUUAGUAGAUUUGACUGUGCCUGAUAUGAUUACUGUUCUUUAUAUGUGGAUCUGUGUAUGCCCUAUUCAGCACAAGGAAAUAAAAGUUUUAGUCGAGGAUUCAGCA